AUGUGCGAUGUUGAUAAGAACACUGGGGGCACUACCAAUGUUAAUUGGUUUAAGAUGAAGAUGGGGGAUUGGGGAAGUAUUGUUGUUCCAUUUAAAACCAAAUUGUAUUCAAUCUCAAACGAAGCAAAAGUUUUGGAAAAGAUUCAUGACCACAGUAUAAAGAACUUCGAUCAUGACCUUCCAGAAACCAAACACACUAAUAAAACCUUCAAACUCAAUGCCCCAAAUCAUCACGAGCUAUCUCUCAAAAUAACAGAAACGCCCUCGUACAUCGUUGAAACCCCUAAUUUCGAGCCUAACAAGCCCAAGAAACAACAAUACAACAUAUACACUUCGUUGCUCCCGAUUCUCUUAUCGAUCUCCACCUACAUUUUGAUCUUCUACGUCCUUGACGUGUCUCCUUCGUCGAUCUUCAACGACACCAAGAUCUUGUUCUUAAUCUCCAACGCACUUAUCCUCAUCAUCGCUGCAGAUUACGGUGCAUUCACCGAGAAAGAGAACCACGACUUUUACGGAGAAUACAGAGCUGCUAUGAGAAGCGAUGUGAGAGAAAACCCUAGACCGAAAAACUCGGGCUAUGAGGUAAGUUUGACAGAAGAAAUCAAGAAACGUGAGAGACAAGAAAAACCAGUCAUAGCGAAAGAAAUGCGGCGAGGUUUGCUUCACAAGGAAGCGGAAGUUCCUGAGAAAACCGUACACGUCGUGAGCGAGAAGCAACCGAGAAAAAUAGCUAUCCAAAAAUACGAGCCAACGACUGAUCAAAUAACUGCUAGUAAUGGAGAAACUUGCAAUGCAAGAAAACUGGUGAGUCCUAAACCAUACGGGAGAAGCAAAUCGGAUAAAGCGCGCACAGAACGUCGUCGUUAUCGGGAGAUCAAACAUAGACCUAAAAGUUACGAUCGAAGCCAAUCGGAUAGCUCGAAAUGGAUGGUUGUUCACAAGGGGAAGAACAAGGCAGAGGAGGCAGAGGAGAAGUGGGAGAAUGUAAGAGAGGAAUCCGAAGAAUUCGCGAAGAUGUCGAACGAAGAGUUGAAUAGACGAGUCGAAGAUUUCAUCCAACGAUUCAAUAGAGAUAUCAAACGACAAAGUGUUGUCUAG